ACUGGAAAGACAAAAUCUUUGGUCAGCCGGUAAAUAGAACGUCACGCCCAUGUUGCAUUGCAGCUAGAAAAUGGCCGCCGGAGGAGAGAGAAAUUUGUCAGAAAAUCGCCAAAAUUUUCACAAUUGAGCAACUUGCGACGCCAUCGGCGGGUGGAACCCCUUCUACGGGGUACCCGUUUUCUCUGGGUAAUGUCAACACCAGAACUCUGGCUGGCAUGAGCAAUGACGUGAACUUUGACCUCCUGUGGUGUGAGGAAUGUGGGAAGAGUCUUCCAGGAGAGUGUCAGAUCCAUGGCACUCUACUCAAGGUCAAAGACAAGGUCAUCCCCUCCCGGGCUCGCCUCACUCUACCUCACUACCUUCAGUUGCGGGAACUGGAGAUUCGACCAGGAAACAAACAGCUUUUGGGCGUGUUUGCCAAAAAGGUGAUUCAGAAAAGAACCCAGUUUGGUCCGUUUGAGGCCACCCUGGUCACCAGCAUAGCAAACCUCACCAACCGCGAUGAAAACAAGUUUCUACUGCAGGUUUUCAAGAAUGGGAAGGAAUACUACCUGGACACACCCAAUGAAGAUGUUUGUAACUGGAUGAUGUUUGUGCGACCAGCCCGGAAUCAUGCAGAGCAGAACAUGGUGGCAUACCAGUACAGGGACAAGAUCUACUUCUCCUCAACUAAGCCAAUUGAGCCACAUUGUGAGCUGAAGGUGUGGUAUGCUGCAGACUACGCAAAGAGGAUGAACAUGCAGGUGUUAGUCAAAGAGGAAGAUGAACUAUCGUGUGCCCUUCAGAACAAGCCACAGGAGAUCAGACCAGUAAGUACUCUGGACUUUUUCAAGACGGAGAACCACACAGAGCCAUGGAAAUGCUCCAACUGUAACAACGUUUUCAGCACGUUUGCUCUCCUGGAGGAACACUCCUGCAGUGCUGCAGUCACUGUGCCAGUCACACCAACAGCAAAGACUCCCAAGAAAAAAGGGCGGAAAGUGAAGAAACGAAAUGCAGAAGGGGCAAAGGCCAGACUGGCAUCAAAAUUGGGAGACAAAAGGAGAGAAGGGGUCCUGAAAAAAGUGAAACGAAGAAUACGGGAGUUAAAACCAAGAAAAACUUAUCCUUGCAAUGCUUGUGGGAAGGUAUUUAUUAACCUAGAGAAGUUGAAAAUCCACACAUACACCCAUACGGGAGAGCGACCAUUUAAGUGCAGUAGUGAUGGCUGUGACAAGGCUUUCGUAUCUAAGUACAAACUCCUUCGACAUAUGACAACACACUCUCCUCACAAAACGCAUAAAUGUGCAUACUGUGAGAAGAUGUUCCAUCGGAAAGAUCACUUGAAGAAUCAUCUUCAAACACAUGACCCCAACAAGGAAGCAUUUAAGUGUGAGGAGUGUGGAAAAGAGUAUAACACAAAACUUGGUUUCCGUCGUCACAUGGCCCUGCAUUCAGCUGCAGCAGGCGACCUGACAUGCAGAGUUUGUUCAGCUAUGUAUGAGAGCACAGAAGCACUCUUAGAACACUUGAAGGUUCAUUCAGGCAAGCCUGCAGGGGGAAUGAAAGAGAAGAAACACAAGUGUGAUCACUGCGACCGAAGGUUUUACACAAGAAAGGAUGUACGCCGACAUCUCGUGGUACACACUGGGAGGAAAGACUUCUUGUGCCAGUUCUGUGCUCAGAGGUUUGGGAGAAAGGACCACCUGACCAGGCACACCAAGAAGAGCCACUGCGCUGAAUUCUUAAAGAUCAAAGAGUCACCAGAUGGAUCAACUUCCUCUCAGCUGCUCUCUCCAAUGGAGGCUCCAGAUUUGAACUUUGGAUCCCUACCUAGGGAUGACAGUCUUCCAAAACUUAACAUCAACAAAGGACGGCCACUAACGAAAGCAGAAACAAAAGCUUUCACGAACAAACCUGAACCACCACCUAAAGUGGCCAUGGAGAUCUCCAUAGAAACAAGCAAUACCAGCCAGGAUGAUGGACCAAUGGGACUGAAGCUUCCUGGUCCCGCAGUGAUCACAGAGCCAGUGAAUGCCAGUACAGUGGACUUGGGACAACUCCUGGGCUUCCUUCCCCUCAACUCUGCCCUGAAUGCAAGCAUCCCCAUUUCACAGCCACAGACUUCACUACAAGGCAUGAAUAUACCCAUGACAAUGUCCAUGACUCCACAGUCAACGUCGUCUCGGAUAUCGGUACAGAAUCACAUGACCAUGAGCCCAACAGCUAGCCUCACAUCGCAAAUCCCAUUUGUCCCAUUGUCACAGUCAUUGCCAAGGUUCCAUCAAGCAUUUCAGUGAGUGCAAUGAAGAAUGGCAGAUUGUGUUUUGACUUUUUGUUUUAAACUUUUCUCUGGUGCUACAGUAAGUAAGAUGUAGGCACAUCAUGUGAGCAGAGAAAUUGUUAGGACGGGUGCACUAGUCUAACAGUUUCAGGCAACUGAGUACACCUUCCCAGGCAAGUCAAGGGAACGUUGAUUAGUAAGUAUUUUUAAAAGACUUUUUUUACCUCAUGUGCCCCACUGUGAAAGAUGGGAUGAGCAUUGCCGCAGUACUGUGAGUGCAGUAACAUUUAACUUUUGGAUGUCAUCAUUUGCUUGCAAGAUGAGCUCAGGUGGGAAAAAUCUGCCUCUAAGUAGCUGAAAAGCCCCGUGAAAUGUGGGAAUGCUACUGCAGGGAUGCUGAAUCGAUGGAGAUUCGGGAUGGUCCGUCUAGGUGCCAGAUAUUUUAUUUCUGGUAACAAUUCAUUUCCACUUGGAAACUAACUGAAUGUACAGUGUGUAUGUCCUGGAUAUGUGCCAAAGUUGUCUGAGAAGGAAGAAGAAUUCAGAUGCACACAGUGUACAUCAUCUAAUGUUUUUUCUAACAUUGACAGACAGUGAACAUUUUGGUUUGUUUUCCACAGCUAACAAAACUAAGGUAUAAGUGGAACUCACCCCUCUUCAUUUCUAUCACAAGAUAAUAUCAAUUUUCUGUGUCACUUUCUCUCUUACUACAUUGGCACUUUCUGGGUGCAUGUCCAUGGCUUUCUCUCACUCAGUCAAGGUUAGCAUUGUACCAGUUUGCCAAUCAUCUAACCAACAGUGUUACAAAAAAAACAAGAAA